AUACAAACAAAGAGCAGGCACAAGCUGACACAAUAAAAACAACACAAUAACAAUAACUAAUUAAAGCAAAACAGCAAGUAUUAAACACUGUGAGUCAUCGAAUAAACGGGCAAAGGUUUAUUCUCAACCAUGUCCGAGAACACAGCAAAAGAAGCCGAACCACCCAGCUACGAGGAAGUCAUGAGAGGCAGUGCGCCCCCCAUGCAGGAUGCUCGACUCAUAACUGGCGUACAUCAGGGCGCGCCGUCAGCACCACCAAAUAUGGCCAGCUAUGGAGCAUUUGAGACAACGCCAGUUAGCAUUGUGGUGCAGCCAGCGCUGCCCACAGAGAUCAUAGUGAUCGGUGCGUGCCCGUCGUGCCGCAUUGGCUAUCUGGAGGACACAUUCUCGCCGCUGGGUCUAUGCUGUGCAAUAUUUCUCUUUCCCAUAGGCAUACUCUGCUGCCUGGCGAUGCGCGAGAAGCGCUGCAGCAAUUGCGGAGCGACAUUUUAGCUGGAAGCGCUGCGCCGCCAGGUUAACUCUCGAUGAUCUGCAAGAUCUGCAACUAUUCCCUGACACAUUGGACUGUUAAGUUUUUAAAAUCACACAAUCAAAUUAUGCUAACUGGUUAGCUUGUUAAUCAUUAAACUCGAUGUAUGUAUGUAUAUGCA